AUGAUGCACGGAGAAUGGGGUUUAAGAAGAUGGGAUCCAUUUGAUCUCAACUGGAGUGUCUGGAGACAAUUCGAGAUGAUGGACAGAAUGCUAGACACUACCUUCAAUCAAUUUGAAAAUGAGAUGGAGUAAGCAAGGACUGGAAUGCUGCAAACUCCAAGCAUUCAAUAGAAAAAGAUUACUCCUGAAAGGACUUCAUACACCAAAUCUUUCCACUCUCUUGACCAAAGAGACGAUGUGGUGAAUGGAAAGAGAAUCAGAUAUAAGACUCUCGAGACUACCAAAGAAAGAGACGGAGUGAAGAUUCCUCACGUGAUUAAAGAGAUCGUUUGUGACCCUCCUUGUGAACUGGAAACUCUUAAGGAUUACAUUCAGUUUAAGGAGCAAACAGGUGCUGGCGGUGAAACUCAAAUCUUCUCUUAGUUCCUCAAGGAUGCUAAGUAGAAAAAUAUGGCACCUGCUAGAAUCGUCAAGUAUUUCAAUGAAAUCAAGCACAACCCAGAAACUAACAAGAAUGACUACAUGGUCAAUGUAAGCUUUUUGGACUAGAGCAAUCAGAAGCAUGUCUAUAGCUUCAACAGAGGCUAGGAUGCCAUAGAAGGCCAAUCUAAAAUUGAUGAACCUCAAAUGCUUCAAUCAUCAGAGACAUCAGGAACUUCUGGACUUGCAGGCACCACAGGAUCAGCAGGAGCGACUGGAUAAUUAGGCACCUCAGGGUAAUAAUAUUCUCAAUAGUAGUAGAGAUAAGAACCUUAUUCCUCGACUGGCUAGAAAUAGUAGUACUCAGCAGGACAAUAAUAGCAACAAGCAUUUGAUCCCUUCAAGCAAUCCAAUGUCCCAAUGUACUCACAAUCCACUGGAUAGACUCAGUCUGAGUAGCAAAAGCAAGUUUACGAAAAAGGUGGUGUAGGAGCCUCAUAAUAGUAACAAAAGUCAAAUCUUCCUGGAUAGAGUAGAUGA